AUGUCAGAGCCAUGGACGCCAUUCUGUCGCCGGAAAGAGCACUUUGAGCAUGCUGUUCAUUGUGCUGAUGAUAUUUCAUGUCCAUAUUGUGGUAUGACAAACCCUGACACUUCUACUUCUCAGGACAUUAUUUUUCUACCACAGACACCUACCCAAUCCUCUGGAAAGAGAAAUACUCCAAUUGAAAUAUCAAGCAGUCCUCCAGCACAUCAAAGUACAUCAUCAACCUUUCCUCAGCUUGAUCGAACUAGUGAGAUUGCCCGGCAGCAGUCAAUUCAGCGAACCCAACAAAGUACACAAAUACGACCUCAUGCUGGCUCUAAGAUAUUGUCAAGCCGUCCACAAGUAACACGAACACAAAGAACCCAUUCAGCGCAACCUACUCUUCAAAAAUUUGGUGUUACUGUUAUUAUCUAUACUGGAUUCCUAUAUGACUUUGAUUUGGGAUUUGGCGACCGGUGGAAAUGCAGGACAUCUUUCGGAGCCUAUUUGACACCUGCCGAUACCUAUGAGACAGAAGAUGAUCUUAUUCCUAUCCUUGCACGGAAUUAUCAACGAUGGGAUGAUCUUCUUAGAAAAUACAAUCCAGUCAAGAUUAUGAUUGCAAAGACAUUUGAAAAGGGCAUUGGACAGCCGCAGAUUAUACCAACAGAUGCAAUCAAAUUGCCAGUUCCUCAUAUCUUGACUGAAUGCUUUUCUGCAAACAAAAUCUUUCUCUUUCUUGGCUGUGAAGAGGAGUUGUCUGAUGUAGAGGAUACUCAGGAUACAUCAAUGAAGAUUAAGAAAGAAAAGGGUCAAAAGGUUAAGGAAGAAAAGGGUCCUAAGAUUAAGAAGGAGCAAUCUAUGCCUCAAAAACCCAGACAAACAUAUCAACGGAAGCGAAACCAUUCCCAAGUAUCCCCCCAAUCAAGCCAAACAACACCACUACGAUAUGUACAACCUAGGGUUGCUCUUAACAGGAACAGCAAGAAAUCUGAAUCGCCAGAACAUGUUAAUGAUUCAACUGAGGCUGAAGACCAAACCACUCUAGAUGGGGUAUAUGCAGAGGAACAGGAGCUACUGGAGAUACAGGAGCCAGAGGAACUUCAUCUGGAUGCUCCAGCUGGGCGUACUCGGCAACGGUUGCAACAAAAUUAG